AUGUCGCGACCCGACAUCUCGAAGUCCCUGGCUCGUUUCAUGGACGAGGCCGAGGCUCUUGGCUGCAUCUUCUUUUCGGUGCCCCAGAACAGCCUUUCAGCUGGUGCAGUGCUUCAGCAUGCUAUCCGAAGAGUGGAGGUUCUGUUCUCAAAGGAAGAGCCGUUAAUCUUCAAAAUUGGAUGGACCCACGAUCCUAUUUGGAGGUGGAGCAAUAGCAUCUACGGGUACAAGUAUGCUAGAGACUGCUGGGCUGGGAUGAUUGUUCUUUUUGCGAGCCACGAGCCCCAUGGCCCUGCUUUUCUCGAGGCUGCUCUGAUCGAGAAAUAUCAAAGCAACUUGAAUGUUCGUUCCGGCGGCGAUACGGUGAAGGAGGAUGCCUGCUCCUGUGCAGCCGCCGUGCGGGUGGCUCGGGAUGUCGUUUCGGACAUCGGCGAGGUGGCAGCAAGCUCAAGUGGCGGUCUUUCUGCUCUAGCUUCCUGUAGUGACGGGCAUCUUGAGCGAGAUUCGCAUCGCUUGAUUGCGAAGCAGCUGAAGCUCAGCCUGCCAGUGCCGAUUUCGAUGCUUGCGGGGACGGUUUUUCCAACUCUCCGUUUGAGGGAUUGGAUGGAUUUCCUCAUCCAUCGCAACUGCUGGCAUGUGCUUUGUGGCUUGGUUCGGCCAGAUGCAGAUCGGGAACAAGCCACCUUGAGAGAAUUUUGGCACAGAUUUCAGCAGUGCCAUCCCGAUCAUGAGGUGUUUCGGCUGGUUGAUUCCAUGAAAAUCAACUUGGCUCGAACCGCACCACUGCUGUACCACGGGGAUGAAGGCAGAGGGAGGCGGAGGACGCCAUUCCUCGUGACUUCAUUCCAUGGACUACUUGGACGAGGGAUUCGAGCUGGACUUCAGGCUCAAGCCAAGGCUGGUGCUCGCAAGGAAUACACCAAGCUGAAGCCGAAUUUUAUCGGACAUUCCUAUACCAAUCGGUACCUGCAGUGUGCGAUGCCGAAGAAGGCAUACCAGGACGACUUCGUCUUCGAUGCGAUGCUGGAAAAUGCCGCUGCUGAGGCCGAGUACAUGUGGAAAUCUGGUAUUCGGCACAGGCACACUGGUGCAAAGUACUGGGCGGUGGUCCUGAAUGUUACUGGCGAUUGGCCCUGGCUAGUCAAGGCUGGAAAUCUGGGUCGGAGCUUCAGUCAUGCGAUCAAAAACUUGAAGAAGCUCAAGAAGCCGCCGGCUGGGGUGUGCCACAAGUGCAAGGCGGGGCAGUUGGAACAUGCCUUCGAGUGCAUGGAGAGCCGCAAUCCAUCGUGGCUCGGGACACUUCACGUCCAGAGCCCUUUUUUGGACCCGCCGUCUCCUUUGACUUCGCUUCUUUGCACACGAUCACAGGAAGCAGAUAUUUUCGCUUACGAUCUUUGGCACUCCUGGCAUUUGGGAGUGGGGAAGGUGUUCCUGGGAUCGGCAUUGGCCAUGCUGUCGAACCGCUUUCACGGAAGGAGUGUGCAUGCUCGUUUUGCUGGGCUGAACUCCGCCUACUUCACCUGGUGUCGCGAAUUCUCGCAUCCUCCCAUCCUCACUCGCCUGCAACCUUCGACUAUCGAGUGGGAGAUUUCCACAAACUACCCCAAAGGCAGCUGGUUCAAGGGCGAGCUGACCACCACCUUGGGCCGUUUCGUGCGGUACAUGACGAGUGGCGGCAGCAACGAAAGUCCUAUGAUGGAUUUGGUGGGCGAAGCAUGUGCGGCCAUAGACAGCUGUAUACGUGGGUUAUACGAAGGCGAUGCAUUCUUGCCGAGCGAAACUGCAACGCAGAUUGGCGAACAAGGCCUUCGCUUCCUGCGGAGAUACUCCGCCCUGGCCGACAUGGCUCUGCAGUUUCGGCAGGCCCUCUUUUUGAUCAUCCCUAAAGUGCAUGUGUUGCAGCAUGUGUUUUUGGUGGACCUGGUGCUGGCGGCAGAUCGAGGGCCCUGGGUUUUAAAUCCGAUAUGCUAUUCGGUUCAACAGUCUGAGGAUUUCAUUGGCCGCAACAGCAGAACUUCCCGCAAGGUACAUCCUACACAGGCCGCUAGGCGAACCCUGGAAAGGCAUCUUGUGCUGGCCUACAGGAAAUAUUGCGAUGCAGGGCUUCUCGUGGAGGGCAGAGAUUGA